AAUAUACAUAUCUAAAAAUUGAUACUCUCACUUUCGUUAUAAAUACAAUAGGAAAGGUUAAAUAUCAUUGCAAUUUGUCAUUGACAAACAAAUAAUAUUUACCAUUUACUUGUAUUUUUGUAUUUUAGUCAUCUGUAUCUCUAAUAAGAAUACGAUCAGCCAACGAAUUAUUACAAUAAGGGUUAAAACAACCACCAAUGGUACAAGUUUCAGUUAGUACUUGUAACCAUGACUACACACGGUGAAGCAUGGCCGCUCGAUUAACAGUUUGCGAAGGAACAUUGCGCAGAAAGGUAAUCACGUACGUGGAAUGUUGGUGAGCCAGAUGGUUUUCGUCAAAUUAAUAUGAUGCAUCCAGAGUACUUUGAGACGAACAAUCAGUCCGCAAGCUGAAGAAAUGUUGUAAACCUUCGACAAUUUGAACAUCGAUGAAAAUGAAUCGAUACAUAACGUUAAACCAAUUAGGAGAUGGAACAUUCGGUUCCGUUGUUCUUGGGGAACGCAUCGAUACCGGGGAAAAGGUUGCCAUAAAAAGAAUGAAGAGGAAAUAUUAUUCGUGGGAAGAGGCGAUGAAUUUGCGCGAAGUUAAAUCUUUGAAGAAACUUAGUCACGCGAAUGUAGUCAAAUUAAAGGAAGUAAUUCGUGAAAACGACGUGUUGUAUUUCGUCUUCGAGUAUAUGAAGGAGAAUCUUUACCAACUAAUGAAGGACAGGGACAAACUUUUCCCUGAACCAGUAAUCAAGAAUAUAGUAUACCAAGUGCUUCAAGGACUGGCGUUCAUGCAUAAACAUGGCUUUUUCCACCGCGACAUGAAACCUGAAAAUUUAUUAUGUAUGGGACCAGAACUGGUGAAGAUUGCUGAUUUCGGCCUGGCCAGGGAAAUACGUUCAAGGCCGCCUUACACGGAUUAUGUAUCCACUAGAUGGUACAGAGCACCGGAAGUGCUGCUCCAUUCUACAACUUAUAACAGUCCGAUCGACAUUUGGGCGGUGGGUUGCAUCAUGGCCGAACUAUACACGUUUCGGCCACUUUUUCCCGGGAAAAGCGAAAUCGACGAAAUCUUUAAAAUAUGUUCCGUCAUUGGCACGCCGGAGAAGGAUGAUUGGCCAGACGGAUAUCAACUGGCUGCCGCUAUGAAUUUCAAGUUUCCAAACUUUUCUCGCACAUCGUUAACCGUUUUAAUACCAAAUGCUAGCCAAGAAGCAGUAAUACUUAUGGAAGAUAUGUUACAGUGGAAUCCUAUUAAAAGGCCUACAGCACAGCAAUCCCUAAGGUAUCCCUAUUUCCAAACGAACAUCCCGCGUAUAAUCAAUAGUACAAAGAUCGGUGUCACAUCUCAACGAGAUCUCGUUUUGAACAAAGUGAAUCUUCCACCCCCUGUUCCUAAACCGUACAAUUACGCCCAGCAAGAAGUACUCAGGACUUCGAUGGAAUCCAGAGCACAAGAGAAAAUGAUGCAGCAACAGCAACAGCAAACGAUACUACCUUUGUUGAACCAUAAUAGUUACAUGCGCGAAAGCAAUCCCCAAAAAUUGGACGAGGACGAGUUUGCCGAGCUCUUGGGUAGCAAGAUCAUUCCCGAGAACGUGAACGCAAAGCUAGUCCCAGAACGACUGUACAAAGAGAACCGUGCCAAUUGGAAUGCCAAUUAUUUGCCAGAGAAUACGCGACAGAGCAACGGAAACUGGGUGCUGCCAGCUUGGAACGAGCCAUCGACCAUCAAUUGGAAUCAGUUGCAGCCAUCGAACGUGAAGAAUGGUCGAAAAGCAUCGGGGAAGCAACAUUACAUCGCUGUGGCUCGAUACGUCGCUGGUCCAAGUGCGAGUUUAGCGUCCAGAAACGGUGACUCCGACCCGAACAGGCCUAGAUUAAUACGGAACCUGGUUGGUCAACCGGUGGAGAAGUACGAAGAAUUCACCGAUUCCUUCUGGGUACCUAAGAGCUCUGUCGAAAAUCAGACGAGACAAUAUUACAUUCCACGAAAUCGAUAUCUCACCGAUCAAACUUUAAGGUUGCCUUAUCCCAGCGUUUAUGGUACACAGAAUAUCAAAAAUACGAAUAAAGGAACACAUCAACCAAUCGCAUACGAAACUGUGCUGAACACAAAAGGCAGCGGAAGUCUUCAUGGUCGAACAGACUGGGCUGCUAAGUAUCUCAAAUGACUGUUUGAAAACUAUGCGUACAUUUAACUUAGCAUAUUCAAUUUAUUUAACUGUGAUAGAAUGGCGUUUACCAUUUCAUUCCACUGUAAAGGAAACAUAAAGGUUUGACGGUCUUUAAGAGCAUAAUCACUUCGCUGAUUAAUUAUUUUUUAAGCUGCUCUAGUGAUUAUACUCUUAAACCGACGUGGUUGAUAUCUAAUGAACCGUCCUUAGCUUAUUGUAAUAGGUAGGGAAAAUCUGAAGAAAAAAGAGAUUUGUGUCACUUAAAUUUGUUAACAAAUAUUAUUGCGAAUUAUUACCGAUUAAGGGGCAGUAUUUUGAUAAUACGUAUAGAAUUCAGUACAUUAAUUUGUCCCCUUCUUUUUUUAGUAAAGGAAAGAACAAAAACGACAUCAAUUAAUUGAUGUAAAGGAAACUAAUAUAGGAGACAGUAUCGAUUAAUGAUAGUGGUCAAGAGUGUAAUGUUUGAUUCGUAAAGAGUAUUAUACUUGGAUAAGAUAUAUUAAAGAAUAUAAUAUAUAUAUAUAUAUAUACAUAUUUAUUAUUUGUACAUGUUAUUAAUUACGAUGUGGAGUAACUUCUGAUACGUAGAAGACUAAUGUAAAAAUUGAUCACAUCUGCCCUUCUUUGUAUACGUACUCUUUUAACGAGUAUAUAUAUAUAUUAAAGGCUGUACGGAAUAUUACUCCAUGUCGUAUCUGACAUACGGAUAGUUACAUUUUAAUGAAAAAUAUGAUUAUCAAACAAAAGGACUCUCCGUAUUUUCUACACACAAUCGUUUAAGAAGCAUUCUUAUACUGUACACUCAUAAUCAUACCUCAUCACUCAUUUCAUAAUUCUAUUACGAUUUUUUUAGUAAUCUUCGUAUAAAUUCCCCUAAUUACGUUCGAUCUUUCGAGUAUCUUUCUCCCACGUGCAUUUUUUUUUUUCUUUUCGUUUCUUUUCGUUUCUUUUCUCUGACAUAGGUUUUAGCAGAUAUAUCAUGGAACUUAUAUUGCAAGUUUACGAUACUAAUGAAAGGGCAAUAAAAAAUAUACCGUAGUCGCUUAACGAACCACUAAAAUAUCUUCUCUCGCCUACGAUGCGAUUGUAAAACUGGAAUUCAUCUCAUAAAAAAAUAUCUCAGAAAGGAACGUGCCGUGUUUUCGUUUUUUCCCUGUACUAAAGAUCCCCCAACACUUUUCUCAAAUUUUCCUAUUUGAUAAAUUUUCAAAACCCCACUCCAUAUCUCGAUAUGUUGAGAGUAAAGAUAUACACAUGACAUGUAUGUAACGACUUGUCGGUUCUUCACGAAUCUUAACAAUCUUACUCCAUACUGAGUCUGAAAAAGGUGUCGACGUUUCGUGCAUCCGGAUUGCGAUCGGAUAAAACAAACCAUCGUACAAGAGAAAUUGUGAUAGAAUCGAUGAUACGAAUUGAUAUGAUUAAUUUGCAUUACCUCGAAUUUUCGUGUGUAUGGGUAUGUAUAGACAAUUCUUACGUGUGUAUGUUUUAAGUGUAAUCCCGGGUUCAUGUGUGUGUUGUGUGUUUGUGUAUGCUUCAUCUCUAAACGAUUUCUAGAUAUAUUUUGAAUAUAUGAAAUACAACUGUAAGCUGUUUGGAUGGGUGGUACAUUUGGUGAAUAUUAUGCAUAUACAUUUAUCUAUUAAGAUGUAAUCUUUUAUACUUUGAAGUGUAAUCCAUCGUUGGAACGUUCGUAAAAAUGCUUCCGAGCUUUAAAUUGUCGGUUAAGUCCAUUUAAUUCACGAGCUUGGAUGAGCUUCAUUAUGUGAUUUAAUAUAAAACAAACGUUAAGAAAGAAAUAGUGAAAAGAAUUCUGGUAAAGAAUCUACCCUUCCUUCUCUUUUUUAAUUAUAAGUUUAACUUCUAUAUGACAACGCGUGAAAAUAUGAUCUUUUGCAGAGUGUACCUAUCCAGUGUGUAAAGUUUCAUUCAGUGGCUACAAAGAUUGAGAAUAUUUGAUUAUAAACCUUUCCACGCAACAAUAUGGAUAUGUUUCUGGGCGUAUUAACUUAGGUAAAAAACUA